CACCAACCCACCAACCGCACCAUCGGAUCGCACCAUCGCACCACUCGGGAUGCCGCCGCCUGAAAAUACACGCGCGCAAAAAUCCCCGGGGCCAGCCAGCCAGCUCCACCCCGCGGGAAUCCCUCGCUCGGGUUGCCGUCUGACGCCCGCCCCGUCCGCCCGGCCGUACCUGCGUUAGCGGAAAAGCCUCCUCCUUCCUCGCUUCCCCUCCUCCCAGGGGAAGAAGGCGAAUGAUUGAUUGAAUGAGUGAUUGAACGGAUGAUUGAACGGAUGAUUGAACGGAUGAAUGCCGGGCCCACUGUGAAUGCGGCAUGGGGGGUUUGUUGAGCCGGACGCCCUUUGCCCCCGGGCCGUGUCACAUACCUCCUGUGGCAUGUAUGGUAUGCCUUAACACACAACCCGCCGCCCACCAACGGACACGGGGUGGGUUGGUGGUGGUGGUGUGGGUGUGGGUGUGGGUUGGGAAAGGUGAAACGAAACGAACGGCCCCGGCCCCCGGGUCCGAGUCCCCAAUUGUACAUAUUUUGUCUUUCCAACCCGACCAACUGUGCCAACAAAACGAAGGUGAAAAGAAGCAACGAUCGCUGGCCCCAACGGCUGGCCAGCCGGUCGGUCGGUCGCUUACCUGGCCGCACACACACACACACAAUCGCACACAAACGGGCUUGUUGUUUCGUUUCGUUUCGUUUCCUGCUCGCGGCGGGUGUUCAUCCACAUCCACACACAGCAACCGCAACCGCAACCGCACACGCAGGAUCCGCAUCCCGGCGAGGCGGGGUUCGUCAUUGUCCUCCCCCCCCCGUCACCCAUCCCCCGGCCUCCCGCCCCCCGGUCUUGUUGUUUUCCCCUGUUUUGUUCUGGCCUCGACUGCGAGCCGUGGUGGUGGUGUGUCUGUCUUCCGACCCCGAACCGCCCCCUGGCCCUGGAUUUAAGUGAGUGCAGAAGGAGCAAGCGCAGCCGCGGCGGAGUUGGCGGGGUCGGUUUCCGCCUACACGACCUUCGUACC